AUGUAUAGGUACUUGAAUACUUUUCUGACAUACAACAUACCCGACUCGAAAAACGUGAAUCUGACGUUGAUAGUUUUGGAAGUGGGAAAUCCGACUUUAUUGAAGGACAGUCGGGAAGUGCGGGCGUUAAAGGUGGCGGACGCCACAGCCUGCAUCAACAUGUCGUUGUGGGAUGAGCCUGGCAAACUGUUGAUGCCUGGUGACAUAGUGCGCAUGACCAAAGGCUACGCGUCAAUUUGGCGUACCUGUCUCAAACUGUACGCCGGCAAAAAUGGCAACUUGGACAAAAUCGGUGAGUUCUGUAUGGUGUUCUACGAACAAAUCAACAUGAGUGAACCCAAUCCUUGUUUGAUGGGAGGGUCAGGGGGGUCUAGUGGACCCCAACGGCGGGAAUGGGGCUGGGGGGAGGCGGCUCCCUCCAUUGUUAACCCCACCUCUGCCCCGGCAGCGACAGUAGCCUUGCAGCAACCGACAAAUAAUCAAUCGAGCGCGGGUAAGAACAGUGGCAGCCGGUACAGUAACGAACCGGGAGCUGGAUGUGACAAGGCUUGCUAA